AGAUAGAAUGUGAGUGUGUGUAUGUGUGCAUGUUUAUGUACAUGGUGAGGAUGCCCUCCCCUAAAAAACAAUCUUCUAAUGAACAGGAACAUCAAAGACUUGAGGAAAAUCUUCAGUCCCUGCUGAAGCAGAAGGAGCUGUUGACCCGGCAAAGGGACUUGGCCCUAAAGCUGCAGCAUCACUUCACUGUGUCCCAGAUGAGGUUUGAAACCGUCCAGCAGGAACUGGAGCAGACCACAGCCCAGGAAGAGAGCCUCCUGCAGAAGGAGCUGCUGGUGCAGAAACACUAUGUUCCAGCACCUCUUCAGAAAACUGAGAAGGCUGGAAGAAGCCAGAGACACCUUGAAGGCAUGACAUUCUACAUUCCAGGUUCACAGCCUCCUCAGAAAAUGCCACCUCUUUUCAGCUGUGAACUCACUAGUGAGGCACAUAUCAACCUACCAUCAGGCAGUCCAGCCACAAUCUGAUCCACAUCCAUUGAUUCAGUAUUCCCAGAGAAAAGAUUGUAUCAGAAAUAGUAUGAGAUUCAGAGGAAACAACACAAAUUACUAAGAACCCUGACAUCCAUCAGCUCGUGGCCCCAGUGAGGGGCAAAACAACAUGGAAGAAGACAUGUGGGUGAGCAAGAUUUCUUCUGUCAGCUUCCUAUCAAGGGCUUUGACAAGCUGAUUUCGUAUGUGAUGGAAAUCUGAAAAGGAGGACUGUGGUAACAUCACACUGCCAUCCAGAUAGACCACACCCAAAGCAUAAGAUUCUCAAGUGCACUGCUGAAGCUGAUGCCAUGCCAUAUGCUAGUGUUGCUGAAGAUAAUUCACUGCAGAGAGUAAGCUAGGUCCUCACCUCAUUUGCUCUUCCAUAAUGAAAUUCCAAAGGAUCCUGAAAUUUGCUUAAUUUUUUUUGUUUAUAUGUUGGGAUAUUUAUGCUUUAGAUUUUGGUUUUCUUCAUUUUAGUUUAAGGUUUUGUUAGUUUUUGUUAUUGGGUUUUAAUAGUUUGCUAAGGAUGUACAUUGUAUAUAAUGACUGCUGUUUUGAAAGACCCCAUUGAGUAAAAUGAAUACAUUUUUAUGAAUAAAAUCCAAUUUCAGCUUCA